AGAGGAGGAGGAGGAGGUGGGAUUGCCUCUCCUCCUUCAGCAUCAUCCAACUCCUCCUAGGGAUGUAUCGGCGUGCGGUGCACCUGUUUUCCGUAUUAUUUAGGUCAGCGACCGCUGAAAUGCUCUACUUUAACCUGUGUCAUCAGUAGCCACACGGAAAAAAAAAAGGUUUAAAAACGACCUGUUCGGUGAGAGCCUCGCUUCACAGAGGAUGUGCUGAUCUCCUUCUCGCGGGGUGCAGCAGUGAGACAGCAUCUUUGCCGGCCGGGUGACACAUCAUUAUCAGUGCGAGUGGACGAGCCCUGUUAGGACACAAUGUCGGACAAAAGUGACCUAAAAGCAGAGCUGGAGCGCAAGAAGCAGCGCCUGGCCCAAAUCAGGGAGGAAAAGAAGAGAAAGGAGGAGGAGAGGAAGAAGAAAGAGGUAAGGAAAAAAUCAGAGAGCCAGCAGAAGAGAGAGAUGACCCCGGAGGAUUCAGACUUAGACCGUAAACGGAGGGAGACUGAAGCCCUACUACAGAGCAUUGGCAUCUCACCGGAGCCUCCUCUAGUCCAUUCUUUGCAGCCUUUAAUGUUAGAUUCAUGUUAUUUUCAUUAUUUAGUCCCGACCCCUGUGUCCCCCUCCAAAUCAGUGAGCACGCCCAGUGAGACGGGGAGCCAGGAUUCAGCUGAUGGUGGAGCAGCAAGCAGGUUUAGGUCAGGUUUCUCUAAAAACAAGUCCCAAGCACAGAGCUCAAGGACGCUGCAGUGGGACACAGACCCCUCUGUGCUGCAGCUGCAGGCUGAUUCUGAGCUCGGGCGCAGGAUGCUGAGGCUGGGGGCUUCUAAGAUCACACAGGUAGACUUCCUUCCCAAAGAGGUGGUCUCUUACAGCAAGGAGACACAGACACCAAUCACCGCCCACCUGUCUGAAGUAGAGGAGGAAGAUGAAGAUGAGGAAAUGCUGGAGCCAAAGCCGGGCCCCGAGUCGGAGCAGCAAGAUGAAGAUGACAACAGGGAAACCAAAGAAGGCUCAUUUCCAGUGCUUCGGGAGCUGACAGAGGAAGAGAGGCAGCAGAUCCUGCACUCCUCUGAGUUUCAAAGCUUCUUUGACUGCAGCAUCCGGGUGAUGGAGAGAGCUCUAGCCGAAGACGGUGACAUCUUCUUCGACUACAGCGGCCGGGACGUGGAGGACAAAGAGGGAGACUUGGGUAGCGGCUCCAGCCUGUCUCUCAGCAGACUCUUCUACGACGAACACUGGUCAAAACAUCGUGUAAUCACCUGCCUUGACUGGUCCCCUCAGUAUCCCGAGUUGCUGGUUGCCUCCUAUAACAAUAAUGAAGAUGCUCCUCAUGAACCGGAUGGUGUUGCCCUAGUGUGGAACAUCAAAUUUAAGAAGGCCACGCCAGAGUACAUCUUUCACUGUCAGUCUCCUGUAGUAUCUGUGGGCUUUGCCAGGUUUCAUCCCAACCUGGUGGUUGGGGGGACUUACUCUGGACAGAUUGUCCUGUGGGACAACCGCAGUCACCGUCGGACCCCCGUCCAGAGGACUCCUCUGUCUGCUGCUGCGCACACUCACCCAGUGUACUGCGUGAACGUGGUUGGCACCCAGAAUGCCAACAACCUGAUUACUGUGUCUACAGACGGCAGGAUGUGCUCCUGGAGUCUGGACAUGCUCUCCCAGCCGCAGGAGACCAUGGAACUGGUGUACAAUAAAUCCAAACCUGUAGCAGUGACAGGUAUGGCUUUUCCCACGGGAGACGUUAACAACUAUGUGGUUGGGAGUGAGGAGGGCACUGUGUACACUGCAUCCAGACAUGGCAGUAAGGCUGGAAUCUGUGAGAUGUUCGAGGGCCACCAGGGGCCCGUGACGGGCAUCAGCUGCCACAGCGCAGUGGGCACCGUCGACUUUUCCCACCUCUUUAUCACAUCCUCCUUUGACUGGACCGUUAAACUCUGGAGCACCAAGCACAACAAGCCUCUGUACUCGUUUGAGGACAAUGCCGACUAUGUGUAUGACGUCAUGUGGUCGCCCGUGCACCCCGCGAUCUUCGCCGCCGUGGAUGGCAUGGGCCGCUUAGACCUGUGGAACCUCAACAACGACACUGAGGUACCGACCGCCAGCGUGACCAUUGAAGGCGCCUCGGCUCUCAACAGGGUCCGCUGGUCAUCAGGAGGGAAGGAAGUGGCUGUGGGCGACUCAGAAGGCCGAGUCUGGAUCUAUGAUGCUGGAGAGCUGUCGGCGACUCACACUGAUGACUGGGGACGCUUCGCUCGUACCCUGAUGGAGAUCCGUGCUAACCGUGCGGACGGCGAGGAGGAGGGGCCUAUGGAGCUGGCUUCAUAGAGCAGGACUCCAAACCAAAGCAGAAGAAGAAUCAAAAGACCUGGUGUGCUUUUAUUGGUGUCACUGUAGCAUGUGCACUCUGUUUUUUUGGGUCUGUUUUUUUCGUUUGUUCACCUUCAUGUACAGCUCCUGUCUGGUUCAAACUGUUAAUGGGUAAACCUCUACUGAUUUGUCCGCCCCUAUUUAUUUGUUUCUUUAAGGUGUGUUGCUUGCAACUCAUAAGCCUUCAGUAUAUACAAAGUGGCAGUCUUAUAGCCUUAUGAAGUUAUGUGUACUGUAACGAUGCUUUGCACUACCGUAAAAUAUAAAGCAGGGUCCAUAGACUGAUUAUGUAUUGUUUACAAAAUGUCAUGUUCACUUUUAUGUUGUGCUUCUUUUCUCUGUAUUAUGCCUGCAUGCGACACAUUCCUGAAAUAUUCCAGAUGCAUAAACAUGGGCGUUAUUAUGGUGACGUUUUCACACGUGGGGCUUCGUGGCUGCUUUAUGUCAGUGUUUCAGAGUGUCAGAAACUGAAUCAAGUGUGGUAUCGGCACUUUGUCUAUUGUUCUUGACGAGAGCAACAACUGUAUAGUCUUUAACGAACCAGAGCAAUUAUCAAGAGGUAUAUUGUACUGCAGAGUGCUCGCUGUUAAACCCGCCAUGUUUACUAUUAAAGCGUAGCUGAUGAA